AUUUAAUUUAUAAUAAUUGAGUGCAGAUUUAGAAAUGGAAGACAAAUUCAAAAUUAGAGAAGAGCUUAUGGGAGAAUUCCAAAGUUUCAAGAAGCCAUUGACAAAUGCUCAGCCAACCUCUCACCAUUACGACAAAAAGAUGAAGCAUCCUGUUGAAGCAGCUCAUGAAAAUAUCAUGAUGAAGAAGGAACAGAAGAAGCUGAAAGAGAUCUCUGUGCUCUAUGGAACUCACAUGGCUAUGCGUAUUGCCUCUGAGAGAGCAAUUAUUGGACAAGGAGGCAGACUCGUUGGAAAGCGUUCAAAUCAUCAUCUUCAAAUGCACAUGGGACUAUAUGAUGAGUUCACCCCACAAGAUUUCCUCAAUGAUCCUUAUAUGGCUCCUGAACUGCCUAAGGCAGAUCCAAGAAUGGCUCUUGAAAAGAAGUUCGGUGUGAUGUAAUUGGUAA